CUCUCUAGUUUUCCUCUCUGCUCUGUUCGAUGUGCUCACACUGUGUUUAGUGUGAGAGCAGAAGGCGUGCAGAGCGAGAUGCUGCUGAUGCUCCAGCUGUUUGGGCUCCAUGUCUCCUUCAGGGCCCUCUGAAGAAGACUGCACUUGAGCCAGGGAACUUCAACACAAGACUCUGAGGAAGCUACAACUCUCAUUUUUUGCAGUGUUUUUCACAACAGCCAGUUGCAUCUUAAGACUCUGGAAUUAUUAAGAUUUGGAGAGAGAGAAAAGAAAACAAUGAGGACCAAGUUGUAUCAUCUGGCUGCACAGCUCUUUCUCCUAGGAGUGUUGCUGUCUGUGGUGGACAGUAAAGGAACUUUCUAUGGAGGCCAUGCCAACCCUUUCUAUGGAAAUAGAUACAACCUGUACAAGGCUGGACUCAACCCUCCCCACUCACCAAACAAGCCCAUGACCCGUCACAAAAACUUCUGUGCCUACGUGGUCCAAAAGAACAUCACAUGCACCAUGCAGGAUGGAGUGGCUACCUACGUGAAGGCUGAGUACACCACUAAGUGCAUCUGGGGCCAGAAGUGUCCUGUUGUCAUGUACAGGACAUUCUUCAAGCCAAAGUACAAGGUGGGUUAUAAGACGGUGACUGAGCUGGAGUGGAGAUGUUGUCCCGGCUACACAGGAGACAACUGCCAUGAUGGACCCACCUCGCUGCCUGACGUCAUGGUGCCACCGUUCAAGGGUGGUACCUUGCCCCAUCGUCCAGGGGUGAAAGGCUUUCCCCAUGGUCCUAAACCCCCAGUGGACCAGAGGCCUGGAGGAGGCCAGCUGGAGCCUGGCAAACCCUUCCCCAGUGUACCUGACAGCAGACCCAUACCCACAGGACAGCUGCCUGCUGGGAACGGAAAACCAAACUAUGGAAACAAAUUUGGGAUUUCAGGAGUGACUGGUGAACGUUUGGACCGUAUGGAGGAGGACAUGCGUCGCCUCACCCAGGGUCUAGACACUCUCAAUGGGAUGGUGGCUGGUCUCGAAGAGCGACUGCGCACAUCUCUCCGAGAAGACACCAACAAAAUUCUGGUGUCGCUGCUACCAAAUGCUCCCCGCGUGCCAGACUCUGCAGUGGGAUUUGGAGUGAUUCCAGAUGGCACUCCUGAUGGGCUGGGUGGAGGACAGAGCUUCAUUGGGUUUGGAGAUUUAGCAGGGAGGGUGACAGAAGUGAAGGAUGAGCUUCGAGCCAAAAGUCACAUCUUAGAGGAGAUUCAGGGAAUGGUCCUGGGUCAUGAUGGUCAGCUGAAAAGGCUCCUGGAAGGAGCUAGAGGCAGGCCCAUCCCUGGCCCUGGCAGCACUGCUCAUCUGGACGAGAUCCUGGACGCCAAGCUGGCUGAUGUGCGAGCUGAGAUCCUGGAUGGCUUUGAGCGCCGUCUGACGGGUCUGGAGACUCAAUGUGAUGAGAAGAUUGGGGCGGUGCAGAGUCAGUGCCACAGGGAGCACAUGGAUGGCCAGGAGCAAAUGCAGCAGUCUCUGGAUGGAAGAGAGACUGGGCUCAGGGAGGAGCUGGGCUCUUUGCAGGCUCAGAUCCAGGGCCUCACUCUCACAGAGAGCUGCUGUGGACAGGUGAACAGUUUGUCCCACCGUGUGCUGCUGCUGGAGGAGUCAGUUAAGGGUUUGACAGAAUCUCAAAGACAGCUGCAGACUGCCCUCGCUGACCAGAGCAUACACGUGGAGACACUAAUCGAGACCCGCCUGGUGGACAUCGAGGGCCGCCUCAACGCCACAGAGGGUGGGCCUGAUGUAGUCACAGGGCUCCCUGGUGGUUUAGAUGGCUUCAAGACCAUGUUGGAGGACAAGCUGAAGACCCUUGAGGAGAGAGUAUUUGUGGCUGUUGAGGAGCUGAGUAAUGCCACUGCUCCGGCUCUCCUCGAGGGUCAGGUGGUCCCAGCACUGGAGACAGAGAUUGAGUCUGUGAGGAGGAGAGUGGAGGGAGACUUGGAUGGUAUUCAGAAACAGUUAAUAGAUCUGGAGCUCCUCUGCACCUCUUCCUGUUCACCCUCCACCCCGCCAGCAGGGGGUGUUACAGGCACUGAAGUAGAGGAGGACUGUGAGGAGAUGGAAAAGAAGAUGACUGACCGCCUGAACUCCCAUUCUAACCAGCUGGAUCGCCUAAACAACACGUUGCAGACCCUGCUCUUUCAAAUUGCCCAAGAGGACAUGGAGGGCACCGUCCAAGGAGAAAUCACCCUGCUGAAGGUCAACAUCAACUCAGUGAACCGCACUCUGAAGGGCCUAAAGGACUCUAUUAGAUUCAUUGCAAGUGAAGUGGGUCAUGCUAAUGCCUCCUGGGAGCAAAGAGAGCAUCAACUAGUCAACCAGGUGCAAGGAAUCACCAAACUAGUGGGCCACCAAGCCUCCCUCCUGGGGGCCGGGGAGAGGCGGCUCGCCCAGCUGAAGGGAGAGCUAGUGGCCCUGAAGAGACGACUGGCUGGGGAGCUGCAGGGCUGCCGGAGCACGGCGAUAGAAGUUCAGAAGGAGGUGAAGGACGUUGAUAGCAGGGUGAGCCACGUAGAAGGCCAGUGCAGCAGCCUGGGUGAGCUGGCAGAGCAGCUGGAGAGGAUCAGGGCAGAGCUGGAGAGACACUCAGACUCCUAUCUGGCUGAGGUGAAUGGCACCCUGGCCGCCCAUUCAGAACAGCUAGCUGAGCUGAAAGGGGAGGUCAAAGACUGCAACAAGGAAGCAGCCAACCAAAAAUGAGACCAGUAGCAUCUGAGCUACAGAAUUUAUUUCAAAAAAAGAGAGACUUAUGUGUGCUUUUCAUUAGUGACUUCCUCUGCUUCUCUCCUCUCUUUUUCAAAUUCAAUUUGCACAGAUGCAAAUUAACUGAACCGGCAAAAGUCAUUUCCCAUAAGCUCCUGUCUCCCAGCGCCUCGGGAUGUCCUGGGUAUUUAGCUUACUGAAGUGAGGAGAGGAAGGCACAGAAUACAAAGACACACCUAUGGUUGUAUAGCUGGGCAAUAUUUCCCUUGAGAUUUUAUUCUAUAGGGCAUUUGUUUGUUUUUUCUCUGAUAAUGAUUGUUUUGUUUUCACAUUUUAUCUUUUUUAACUUAUAUGAAGUGACUUCAUUGUUAUGAUGUUAAAUUGUUUGUAAUAGAGAAAUGAUUAAACAAAGUGGAUGAUAUGGGACUAAUACGCUGCUACGGGUUUCUACUGACAAGCACACUUCACAUUCUCUGUGUGGACACUUUGUCUGGUCUUUUUGAGGAAAAAAAAAGAUACUGUGCGUCAACUUGGUGCUAUUUACAUUUUUGUAAACUUAUGUUUUACACGUUUAAAAAUGAUAUGUAUUUCUGCUUUGACAGUUGUGUUUGUUCCCUGCCGCAUUGCUCCAAGGUGCAUGGACGUUCCAAAAGUCACCGUUAGGGGGCAGUGACAACACAUUACAUGACAUGGUAGAUAAAGAGAAAUAAAAUCCAAAACACUCCAGGGUGAUGAUGUUUUUAGACUCAGUUUUGGCAGUGUAACAGUAUUUAGGUCAAAACCACCUAAAACAAGAACAAGUCAUGACUAAGGCCAGAUGUCACAACCUUUACUUAACUGUCCAUAACAAUGUUCUCCAAACUUUUGCAAAAAUGCACCAAAGUUACAAAAGAAGACACUAAAAUACUUAAGUGUAACAAUGAAUUAGAUUUAUAUACAGAACAUUAUUUACCAAAAUAACAACCGAAGAAUAACCGAAUAACCAAAACCCACUCUAACUAGAAAAUAAAACUUACUUGACUUGAACCAAACAAAAAGACAAAUGUAAGCUCCCUGGCAAGCCAUCACAACCAAGACAAGACCAAAAUUUGAGGAGUUAAGACUAAGUCAAAACAUGUCCCAAGACCAGUGCCAGUCCCACACUGCAUAACACAGUUAAAAUUAGUAAAAUGUGAACCAUGGGCGUUCAUCAAAUUGACCUGAAAGAUCCACAUUCCCAUAAAAAUACAAUAUAUAUGUGCAUGUAUAAGUGCACUGUGAGAAAUGUGUUGAUAAAAUAACCAAAACUGCAUUGCAGAGGUGAAAUUUAUGUCAAAGAAAUUUCCCUGCAUUUCCUAUGAACAAACAAAUAAAAGCAAACACUAAGGAGAUUAAAUCAACUGAGCCAUUUUUGUUCAACACUCUGUUUUGCGCAGCCAAUUUGAGGAUAUCCCCUCAAGUCGUGGUAUUUACCAGUCUUGAAGUAAAAUCCAAAGUCUUCUUUGUCUGAGUGUCAGACUAGACCUGGUAAAAAUGUAAUUGAGUCCAAGAUAAGACCAAAACCUUCAAAGAGUGGUCAUGAGACCAAGACUGAGUAUGUCAACACUGCAAUGUAGAAUGUUUUCAAAAUUUAUGUGUGUAGUUAGGCCUACUCUGAUAACAACAAUUCAUUCAAUUCAAUUCAACACAAUUUAAUUAAUCCCUGUGAGGGGAAUUGUUUGGUGUUACGGUGCUAAGGAGGUAUUAUGGGGCUUAUUGUGGAGUUAUUAUUGUUAUCAGUUAAGCACUAUUAUUGUUGGAUUGUUAGCAGUUGGUUAGAGAGCAUAUUUCUUUACAUUUUUAUUAAUGGACAAUAUUAACUCUAUACUCCCACCUAUACUCCCCACAUUUGUGUGUUGGCAAAUACACUCAAUAUGUUAGAGGGAACAAAAAUAAAUAAUAUCAAGGCUAAAACAAUGAAAUGCUAUAAGCUUAACACUGGAUUUGCCAAUAAAUACAUCAAUAAUACAUAUAAAUAUCA